AUUGGAAAACCCUCCUUGUGAUCAUGAAAAGGAGCAAAAACUGGAAAACGAGAAAGAACUAGAAAAGAAGCGAGAACCGGAAAAGAUAAAAGAAGCAAGAACUGAAAAAGAAGCAAAAGCUGGAAAAGAUACAAAAACUAGAAAAGAAGCAAGAACCGGAGAAGAUACAAGAACUGGAAAAGAAGCAAGAACUGAAAAAAGGCAAGAGCAGGAAACGAAGCAAAACUGGAAAAGAAGCAAAAACUGGAAAAGAAAGGAAGAACUGAAAAACAAACAAAAACUGGAAAAGCAACAGAAACUAGAAAAGAAGCAAGAACUGAAAAAGAAGCAAACACUGGAAUGGAUUCAAAAACUAGAAAAGAAAGAAGAACUGAAAAACAAGAAAAAACUGGAAGGAGAUACAAAAACUAGAAAAGAAAGAAGAACUGAAAAUGGAGAAACAACUGGAAGAGAUACAAAAACAAGUAAACAAAGAAGAACUGAAAAGGCAGAAGAAACUGGAAAAAAUGCAAAAAAUAAAAAACAAAGAACUGAAAAUGAAGAAGAAACUGGAAAAAAUGCAAAAAAUGGAAAAGAAGCAAGAGCCGGAAAAGAUGCCAGAACUGGAAAAUAUAGACGAGUCAGAAAAGACGCAAUACCUGGAAAAGAAGCAAAAAACGGAAAAGAAUCCAAAUCUGAAAAACAAGCUGGAACCGAAAAAGAACUGUCAAACCCGAAAAGGAAACCGGAUGAACACCGAAAAGAGCCAGAACUGGAUAACGACUGUAGAACGAUUGAUUUAAUGACCAAACGAAGCAAGAUCCGGAAAAGAAAAAUAGAACAAAUAAAUCAUAUACCACUGCAAAUAAUACCACUGCAAGCAUUAAAUAUCAACGUCAAAAAAAUAAACACCCUUCUUCAAGGAAGCCUUGCAAUACACUGUCAUAACCUAGAAGGUAUAGGAAAAAUCAGCUAUAACCUCAUUGCCAAAACAGUUGUAAAAGAUAUAGUUAACGUAAAAUUUCCUGAAGCCAGAAUACCAAAAUGUACAAUUCAUAAUAUUCCAAAAACAUUUCAACUCUGACGCCUUGAUUCAAAUUAUAGCCCAAGAAACAUAAUCAAAUAUUUCCCACCUAAGGCCUUUAUUUAAACUGAAUUAUCAAAAUAAUACUGAUAAAUGGAUCAUAAAAUGUCACGGUCAAACUUUCCAAAAUUUUAUGAGUAAAAAACAAAUAUAUAUUGGAUGGCGCACCAAUAAAAUAACCGAGUUUAUCGGUGUACGCAGAUGUCAAGUCUGUCAGGAUUUCUCUCAUAAGACAAACAAACCAAAAUGCUCAUUCUACGGCGGAAAAUAUCAUGUUUCUUGCUGUUAUUCCCAAACUCCGUACUGCAUAAACUGUUGGAUUAACAAUGAAAAGUAUGAAACAAAAUUUGACUGUAAACAUCCAGCUUUAGCUAUUUCCUGGUCCACAUAUCAAACAGAAGUUAGACGAGUAAAAUCCAAUACAUAUUAUCAACAAUAAUGCAAGAUCCUGCAGACUAUCUAUAGACCCUUUCCAUCAAUAAAAAGAAUAACAAUGGCAUCCGCUUUCUCAAAAUAAAUCUUCAAAGAGAGCAAAGACCGCCACCGACCAACUAUGUCAGUAUCAAGUAGAUUAUCUGGCAGAUUUUAUUAUAAAACAAGAACAUUAUUGCAUCACUGGCAAAUUAGGAAGAAGUCCAAAUAACUGGGCAAUUAUUCAACGUCAUGCUUCAACGGGUGUUUUAUCUCCUCGUACAGCCAUAUUCAUUCCAAACAAUAAAUGGAAUUCUACAAUAAUUAUUAAUACUCGAGAUAUAAUCACAAUUUCAAUCAAUACUAAUGCAUCUCAGCUUCUUAUUACUAGUAUCUAUAUAUCUCCGUCAAAAAUCCAAAUCAAACCUUAUCCAUACUAAAUGAAAUCUUACAACAAUAAUAAUAGUCCGCAUGUUAUUAGUGGAGACUUUAACUCGCAAAGUACUUAAUGGGGAUACUUACAAACCGAUCACAGAGGAGGAAUACUUGAAGAAUUUUUAAAUGCAAACAAUCUCAUUCUACAUAAUCAUUUUACUGACCGACCUACCUUUGAUAAUACCUACAAUAAAUAUUGGACUGAUCUUCUUAUUUCUACAACACAUCUUGAUAAUAAAAUUAACAACAGAUCAAUACUA